AAUGACACACCCGCAGUUUUCUUCCAUACCACCCUUGAUAUUUGCCUGGAACCCUACUGGGCCGGCCGAAAAAUGCCAUCAACAAAGCGGUUUCAUUUAUUUUGCUAGCCCAAGUUUCAAGUGGCACCCACUUAGGGCGUAUGUUCUAAGGCUGAACAAGACCUACUGCUUUUGUGCUGGCUUCGUAUAGCGUGAAGAUCGAAGCCAAGAUAAGUAUCUCUCAACGGUUCCUGCUUUUAUAAACUCACACUUUUCAAACAAAGGGACUGUACUUGUAACAGAUGAAAGCAUUACCCAGAGACACUUGUUUAUUGAGACCCUAAUUUAUUAAGUCUUUAUUAGGUUCUGCUUAUAGUUACUGAAUGCAGUGAACCAUUGACUAAAGCUCCAGUUUCUAUCGCAGAGUUCUUAGUUCAUAGUAAUAUGGGAUUACUAGUGAACAGUUUUGUGUUUCUUUGCUAUAUUUUAUUUGCUGCUGAGAUACGUGCGGCAACAAGUUUUACAUCCUUUGUACCAGACACUGUGACGAUACUGGCAACUACAAAAUCUCUUCUGAAACUCAACAGCAUGGUCAACUGUGACGUCACAACAGCAGGUCAUAUAUGUACAUGUUUAGUGAACUCCUAUUCCGUACCGUUUGAAACGUUCUGGUUGAGUGGAGAUGCAGGGUACUAUGUCAAUUACGACGGGACAUCGUCUCUAACACCAGGCACUACCAUCCCUGUCAGGGUCGAUUGUAAGGACAAUAAUAACAACGUUAUUGAUAAACAGACUUUAAAUGUUGUUGUCUCAAGCAACCAAUCACCAACCUUCACCAAUCCAGCAACCAGCACUGUAACCAUAGACGCCAGGGUCACGGACAUGUAUGAUACCAUAUCAACGUCAACCUACACUGACCCAGAAAAUGACGCUCUGACGUUUUCGAUGACGUCAAACCCAAGCGACAACUAUUUCUCUGUAGGGGCAGGUGAUGGAAUCAUCAGAGCAGCCAUUGACAUGCACACUGCCACUACACUGACACACAAGUUGACAGUCUCUGCCACUGACUCCUAUAACACUGUCAGUCCUGCUUAUGUUCUGUACGUUGAGAUAACCAAUAUCAACACUGCCCCAUCUAUCGACGGGCUGCCCGCCAAAGUGUUUCUGCCUGAGAGCGCAAAGGCCGGGGACACUAUCGUCGUUCUCAGCAUUACAGACGACGGAAACUUACCAUUGAGCCCCGUCUGCUCCGCCACCUCUACAGCGGACAAUGUCAAGUUCACUUAUGAUUCAAACUCUGAUGCCCUGGUAGUCAAAUAUGAUGGUGCCUUUGACUACGAGACACAAUCUAGUUACUCCAUUACCUGCACUGUGUCUGAUGGUUACUUAUCUAGCUCUGGCAAUGAUGUACUAACACUUAUUGUAACGAACGUGAAUGAGAUGCCAGUGUUUAAUAAAAAUCAAUACUUCUGUGUCCUUGACGAGGGUUCUGCCAACUCCAACUCCUGUAAGCUGAAUGCUGUUAUCACAGACCCCGAGGAUGGCACAGUGACUUCAGUUUUCUUUUUAUCCACAAAUAAUGGAUACAGAUUCUCCUAUUCUUCGGAUUAUGUGACCUUCGCCGUGAACUAUGACCUUGACCAAGACGCCUUGCCGUCCGAUGUCACCCUUAUUCUGGCUGCGGUGGACAGUGGUGGACUGACUGCGACUGUGACUGUGAACGUCCACGUCAAUGACGUCAAUGACAACUCCUGUCAAACAGACGCGCUGAAAUUCUACUCUCUAAAUCAAUUGUCCACGGUCAUGCAACUGGGGACUUUUAGCCAAUCAGAUGCAGACGUGACCUCACCCAACAAUGAUAUCUACUUUGAGGUCACGUCUGGAAGUCCAUCUUCAGCCUCCUCGCACAUUUACGUGGCCAGAAACGGGGACAUCUUCUACGCCAACAAGUUCGAUAGUUCAGACGAUGGAACAUCUUUUAAACUGUACGUCCGUUGCUUGGACAACGGAUCGCCUAAGACCACUUCGACGACCACCAUCGUCGUCCGCUACGACGAGUUGACCACAACAACUACCACGACGACAACGCCCACUACCACCGUGACCACCACGGCUGCGCCGGAGAAAGACAUUUGGGAGUACGAUGAGUUCAAAGCUCUGUUCGGAUCUUUAAUGGCGUUUUUAGGUCUUUUGGCCUUGCUUGGACUUAUCUUUCUUCUAUGUAGGUACUGUACGUGUCCAAAAAGACAACCAAAACUACCAAAGCCAAGGGAAGUCAAACCUCAGACUCCACCAGAGCCAAGGGCACUUACUCCUGUCACCCAAAGACCGGCUAUCCAAUCCAGCUGGGACAACUUCGCUUGGAGCAACAAUGAUAAAUUUGAAGGGACGCUAUAGGAUGUCUAAUGUUAAAAGUAGAAAUGCAACAGUUUGUUCCCUUGUUUUUCAACCGCUAAAUAUUUCUUUGUGAAAAAAACAACUUAUAUUUUAAAAGUUUAUAAAUUGUAAAAUGUUAUGUAUUGUAAAUGAAUUAUUCAUAUAAUGAUAUUA